AGUCACGCCAGGUAUGUUGCUCGUGAUCCAGGGGCAUCUCCGUAAUAAAUCCGAAGUCUGAGGGCACUUUCAUGGCGGCGGCUGUAGGUGUUCCCAUUCCGAUCAUCUUGCUUUCUGUUCGCCCAUCGGAUCAUCCAGCUCUCUACCUGUCUCUCUCUUCCUCUAUCCCCUGAAAACGAUAAACAGAUUCAGAGAUAGAGAGAGAGACGCACGCGCACAGGCAGGACGGAGGUGAAGGUUUUAGUUUUAGUCGUAGGGAUAGACCCAUAAAUGGUUUUAGAGAGAGAAAUCCAUUGAUUCUUCCUCCUCCCUUAUCAUCAAAUUGAAUCCGUCCACCGCAAAUCUUCCGUUUUUUUUUCUUCUUUCGUUGGGACUAAAGGAAAACCCAUGAUCCUGAUUCGCCGACGGUUCUUGAUUCCCGAUCAGAACAAUGGCGCGGAUAUCUAACCCUGACCUUGUCUUUUACGCCUGCAUUGCCAGGGGAGCCACCAUACUCGCCGAAUACAAUCGGGACCAGCCCGAUCUCCCGCAGUUGGCCCUAAAAUGCAUCCAGCUCACCCCGCGGCACCACUCCAUGUUCUCCCAGACCUGUCGCCGGAGAAGCUACACCUUCCUUAUCGACGACCCUCUCGUCUACUUCGGCAUAUUCGACGACGCCCUGAGCAAGUCAGAGCGCCUCCACCUCUUGUCCGAGUUGAAGGGCGGGUUUCUCGAGCUCAUCAAGAACGGUUCGGUCAAGAGUUCCAGUAAUCUGAGCCCGGGCCCCAGCUUGCAAGCCAAGUUCGAUGCGGUCCUUCGCGAGCUGAUACCAUCGGGCUCGGAUUUGGAGUCGGUGAGCUCGCCGAGGAGCGAUGGGAAGAAACCUCCUGGGUUGGAACCACCCAAAGGGGGUAGGAACUUCACGGCUCAAGUGAUGGGGAGCCCCGGGAAAAGGCUUAAGAAGAAGAAGAGGUUCAAUGGGGAGGCCAUUAACGGAGGUGGUAGCGACGGGAUCAUCGGUAAAGAAAUUAACUUGGAGAACAAGGUCGAUGUCUGCGAUGAGAUGAAUGGUUUGGUACCAAAGAACAAUUCCUAUUCGGUCAGCGAUCGGCAGAAGGCGAAGCAAGUCUGGAAGAAGCAAGUCUGGGUGGUUUUGUUGCUUGACUUGUUCGUAUGCGCCAUCCUGUUUGGCGUUUGGUUGUGGGUUUGCAGGGGAUUUCGAUGCAUCGAUGGUUGAAGAAGCAAAUUAUCCAAAUCCAGGAUCUUGAUGCUGAUGGUACCUUAUAUUUCCAGAUAUCUCGUCGAUGAUUUCAAGGUGAAGAUUAAAACGGGGAAAUGGCAUCGGUAAAUAUCGAGUGUGCGCAGAUGUUGAUGAUGGCGUUCGUGUUCAGGUUUCUGCUCUUAACAGCGACUAUCUUGCUGUACAGAUCGGUCCCGGGGCGAACUUGUAUUAUAACUUUUGGUAUAGAGUUCUUCACAGCCAUGUUUAGUGUGAGGUGUUGAACAUUUGUACAACCUUUAAUAUGAAUCUUGCAGUCAAUUCAAUGCUCUCUGAUUCUCUCUGUCCGUUCAAUCUUAUCUUUU